GGGCGGGAGUUCUCGGCACCCGCGCGCGGCAGAGGGGCCAAGCGAGUGCGGCCCUCAGUACUGGGGGCUCCCGGAGCGUGGCGCUUCCGAGCCGCCCGCCUCCACAGGCCCCAGCCCUCGGCUUGAGGGAAAGUUGGGGCAGGGGCCGGACUUCUGAAAGUCGUACGAGCUCCGGGUUUUGGAAAUGCUGGAGGGAGAAGCCCCUCGGAGAUGAGCGUGACCCCCUGGCUCGUGGUGGCCGCCUCUUACGCCAUGGCGCGGACCAGAGUGAGAAAUCGGUGUCUGUCGCCGACUGCAAAGUGAGUGAGAAGAAAGCAGCGGGCUGUCCCAGCCCUACAUGGAGCCCCGCGGAGACCUCGAGACGCCCCGCCGGGAACCUCCUGGCCCCGGGGGACGGGGGGCUGAGGACAAGGCCCUGGACGAAGAAUCAGGGGAGCGGUGGAGCCCCCAGUUCCAUCUGCAAAGGAAAUUGGCGGAGAGCAGCCACAGUGAACAGCAAGAUCGAAACAGAGUUUCCGAAGAACUUAUCAUGGUUGUCCAAGAAAUGAAAAAAUACUUCCCCUCGGAGAGACGCAAUAAACCAAGCACUCUAGAUGCCCUUAACUAUGCUCUCCGCUGUGUCCACAGCGUGCAAGCAAACGGUGAGUUUUUCCAGAUUCUCAGUCAGAAUGGAGCACCUCAGACAGAUGUGACCAUGUACAGUCUUGAGGAGCUGGCCACUAUUGCUUCAGAACACACUUCCAAAAACACAGAUACCUUUGUGGCAGUAUUUUCAUUUCUGUCUGGAAGGUUAGUGCACAUUUCUGAACAGGCUGCUUUGAUCCUGAAUCGUAAGAAAGAUGUCCUGGCGUCUUCUCACUUUGUUGAUCUGCUUGCCCCUCAAGACGUGAGGGUAUUCUACGCGCACACUGCCAGAGCUCAGCUUCCCUUCUGGAACAACUGGACCCAAAGAGCAGCUCCACGGUAUGAAUGUGCUCCGGUGAAACCUUUUUUCUGCAGGAUCCGUGGAGGUGAAGACAGAAAGCAGGAGAAGCGUCACUCCCCAUUCCGGAUCAUCCCCUAUCUGAUUUAUGUACAUCGCCCUGGCCAGCCAGAAUCGGAAUCGGAACCUUGCUGUCUCACUGUGGUUGAAAAGAUUCACUCUGGUUAUGAAGCUCCUCGAAUCCCAGUGAAUAAAAGAAUCUUUACCACAACACACACCCCAGGGUGUGUUUUUCUUGAAGUAGAUGAAAGAGCAGUGCCUUUGCUGGGUUACCUACCUCAGGACCUGAUCGGAACAUCGAUCCUAAGCUACCUGCACCCUGAAGAUCGUUCUCUGAUGGUUGCCAUACACCAAAAAGUCUUGAAGUAUGCAGGGCAUCCUCCCUUUGAACAUUCUCCCAUUCGAUUUUGUACUCAAAAUGGAGACUACAUCAUACUGGAUUCCAGCUGGUCCAGCUUUGUGAAUCCCUGGAGCCGGAAGGUUUCUUUCAUCAUUGGUCGGCAUAAAGUUCGAACGAGCCCACUAAACGAGGAUGUUUUUGCUACCAAAAUUAAGAAGAUGAACAAUAAUGACAAAGACGUAACAGAAUUACAAGAACAAAUUUACAAACUUCUCUUACAGCCAGUUCACGUGAGUGUGUCCAGCGGCUAUGGGAGCCUGGGGAGCAGUGGGUCGCAGGAGCAGCUUGUCAGCAUCGCCUCCUCCAGUGAGGCCAGCGGUCACUGCGUCGAAGAGACAAAGGCAGAGCAGAUGACCUUGCAGCAGGUCUAUGCCAGUGUCAACAAAAUUAAGAAUCUGGGUCAGCAGCUCUACAUCGAGUCAAUGACCAAAUCAUCAUUCAAGCCAGUGACGGGGACACGUACAGAACGGAAUGGUGGUGGUGAAUAUAAAACUUUUACUUCCUUCCACCAAACACUGAAAAAUAAUAGUGUGUACACUGAGCCUUAUGAGGAUUUGAGGAACGAUGAGCACAGCCCAUCCUAUCAACAGAUCAACUGUAUCGACAGUGUCAUCAGAUACCUGAAGAGCUAUAACAUUCCAGCUUUGAAAAGAAAGUGUAUCUCCUGUACAAAUACAACUUCUUCCUCCUCAGAAGAAGACAAACAGAACCACAAGGCAGAUGAUGUCCAAGCCUUACAAGUUUCUCUUACACCACCAGCUGGUUUGCAAAUCCCAACCAUACCUAAAUCAGAAAUGCCAACAAAUGGACGGUCCAUAGACGCAGGAGGAGGAGCUCCACAGAUUCUGUCCACGGCGGUGCUGAGCUUGGGGUCGGGCAUAAGCCAGUGCGGUUACAGCAGCACCAUUGUCCACGUCCCACCAGAGACAGCCAGGGAUGCCACCCUCGUCUGUGAGCCCUGGACUCUGAACAUGCAGCCAGCCCCUUUGACCUCAGAAGAAUUUAAACAUGUGGGGCUCACAGCGGCUGUUCUGUCAGCCCACACCCAGAAGGAAGAGCAGAAUUAUGUUGAUAAAUUCCGAGAAAAGAUCCUGUCAUCCCCCUACAGCUCCUAUCUUCAGCAAGAAAGCAGAAGCAAAGCUAAAUAUUCAUAUUUUCAAGGAGAUUAUACUUCCAAGCAGACGCAGUUGGCCGGCUGCAGGAAAGGGAAGCACAAACGGAAGAAGCUGCCGGAGCCGCUGGACAGCAGCAGCUCGAAUGCGGGCUGUGGACCCCACAGGGGAGCGCGUCAGAACGCACAGCCCUGCUGCCCCUCCACAGCCUCCUCUCGGCACACCUCAGGCCCGACCUUCCCACCUGCCGCCAUGGUGCCCAGCCAGGCCCCUUAUCUCGUCCCAGCUUUUGCCCUCCCAGCCGCGACCUGUCCCGGAAGAGAAUACGCAACCCCCAGAACUGCACCGGAAGGCCUGCAUGGGCCGCCGUUGUCCAAGGGCCUGCAGCCUGACCCAGCUUUCCCUUCUCCUUACUUGGAUACUUUUAUGACCGUUUUCCUGCCUGACCCCCAUGUCUGCCCUCUGUUGUCGCCAUCGUUCUUUCCAUGUCCAUUCCUGGGGGCGACAGCCUCUUCUGUGAUAUCACCCUCAAUGUCGUCAGCAAUGACUCCAACCGUGGACCCACCCGCUUCAGUAACCAAGCAAAGGAGAGAGGAGGAAAAGUGGGAGGCACAAAGCGAGGGACACCCGUUCAUUACUUCGAGGAGCAGCUCGCCCUUGCAGUUAAACUUACUUCAGGAAGAGAUGCCCAGAUCCUCUGAAUCUCCAGAUCAGAUGAGAAGGAACACAUGCCCACAAGCUGAGUAUCAGUGUGUUACAGGCAACAGUGGCAGUGAGAGCAGUCCUGCCACUACCGGUGCACUGUCCACGGGGUCACCUCCCAGGGAGAAUCCAUCCCAUCCUACUGCCAGCACACUGUCCAUGGGAUCGCCUCCCAGCGGGACUCCAUCCCAUCCUACUGCCAGUGUUCUAUCCACGGGGUCACCUCCCAGCGAAUCUCCAUCCGGAACUGGUUCUGCAGCAUCAGGAAGCAGCGACAGCAGUAUAUACUUUACUAGUAGUGUUUAUUCUAAAAUCUCCCAAAAUGAGCAGCAAUCUCAGGAGGUACAGAAAAAAGAAACAUUUGCUAAUGUUGCGGAAGAGUCCAUCUGGAGAAUGAUACGGCAGACACCUGAGUGUGUUCUCAUGACAUAUCAGGUACCUGAGAGGGUUAAAGAAGUUGUACUAAAAGAAGACCUAGAAAAGUUAGAAACUAUGAGGCAGCAGCAGCCCCAGUUUUCUCAUGGGCAAAAGGAGGAGCUGGCCAAGGUGUAUAAUUGGAUUCAAAGCCAGACUGUCCCUCAAGAAAUCGACAUUCAACUUCAAGGUGUUGUCCGUGUGCUUUCAUUUCAACCCUGCAGGACUUCUGAUAGCAUUCCUUGGAUGGCCUGUGUCACUUGCGAAAAUGAGGAUUCAGCUGAUGGUGCGGCCACAUCCUGCAGUCAGGCUCUGGCAGAAGACAGCAGUUGAGUGACUGUGGGGAUGAACCUUCAUACCCUUUCCAAGACACGUUACACAUACAGACCUUUUUAAGUCCUGGACUUUUAAAUGACCAUGAAGUUAUCAUUGAAUGUUAAGAUUUUUUCUUCUUGAUUUUUUAAUACACAUAAUCUUUUCGAAGCAGACAUUGUAUACAAAAUCUUACUUCUCUCUGUUCCUGAUACAUUAAAAUGGCCAGUUAGGCUCUUUUUGUAGUUGAAUUGUCUGCUAAAGAGAUUGGAUAGCCUCUAAAGAGGUAUGUGUAUCUUUAUUUCAGAUGUCACCCAGAGUAAAUUAUAAUUAGAAGUAGAGCUAGAAUGAGCCCCAAACCUUAGCCUCAUUUAUUUUGUUCUGUUACAUAAGACAUUUUCCCCUUAGAGUGCUUGAAGAAAUCCCACCUACAGGUUGUGUACUUUUCAGAAUGGUUUCCAUGAAUGUAGUACAUUCAUUUAGGCUUCAUUCAACCUGGCGUUCCCCUCCAUAAUUAAGAUAAAACAUUCCGGUUUUCUCACAACACAUUAGCACAUAUUGUCCAUUAGCAUAUCUGGGAUAACCAGGUUUUGGGGGUUGAGAUUUGGCCUUCAUCCUUGUAGAUCCCUUUCCUAUUGAUUUCCCACCUUCCAGUGAAAUUCUGAAAGCCUUAUCUUAAAAAUCGAUCCGCUUACCAUGGCCAAUUCUUGUGAGAGUUUCCAUUAGCAUUUGCAUGUGUAAUGUUGAAAGAGCUUCUUACUCAACCAGUGCUGUUGCCCUUUUCAGUGUUUCUGUUUUUAAAAUAAUGGUUGUGAAAAGUUUUACAAGUAAUGUAAAAGCUAGUAUCAUUCUUACAUACUUUUGUGUUUAAAUGUUCAUUCUUACCAAAAACUAACCGUUAACUAUUUCUUUCCAAUCAGUUUAUACAAAAGACGUCACUCCAGCCUUACCACAGGUCUGAUUGGCACUGCCUUUUGUUUGCCCUUGAACAGGGGUAAGUGUCAUGGGGACUGCAAAGGAGAAAACAUCCAGGCAGCCCAGUUGUCCUUGCCCACAGGGCCCUGCAGGCUCCAUCAAUCACUGCCUUCUAUGGUGUUUGUAGUAGAGAAUCACCUCCUGGUAUCACUAACAUGAGUAGGGAUUUCAGAAUUCUACAGUGAAUUCUACAGAAUUCACAGUGUCUUUUAAGAAGUGAGUGUGAUUGUUUACUUGAUAAAUCAGCUCACUCUCUGGUGCUCUUUAGAGAAGUCCCUGAUUCCUUCUUAAACUUGGAAGGAUACAUGAAAUUCACAGCCCUGCAGAUCAGAAAAACCAAAUAGAAGAAAGUGAAGGUUAUAGUAACCUUUUGUCUUUAUAUAACUUGCAACAAACUAACUUAUUUUUUUCUUCCUUUUUUGUUUUUGUUUUUUUAUGGUUAUUUUUUAGGAAAAUACUCUUUCUCCUUUGAAGUUUUACAGCUUUUUGUAAAUGCAUCCUGAUAAUGAUUAGGAAAAUCGACCUUUUUAUCCAUGAUGACCAUCCCCGUAGCUCAGAUUUCCUUUCGAAGUAUUGGUUUUCUGGAUGGUAAUUCCAUCUUAAGAUGUCAAAACUACUUUCAAAUGCUGCCUUUGACAGUUCUUGGAAUUUUCUAAUAUUAAGCAGUUCCAUGCAAAUAUUCCUGUUUUAUAAAUAGCUCUUAUAGUCUGCUCCAUCUUGAUAGUUAAGUGAUUCCUGAAGCCUUGGUGUGUUGAUCAGGUUGUGUGAUAUUUUUGCUUGAUAAAGAAUCAAAUUUGAAACAAUUAACUAGCCAGUAGAUUGUCUGUCAGUGACCUUCUGUAGUAAUACAGUUUUUGCUAAUGUAAAUAAAAAUGGUAUCUGUAGCUCUCAGGAUCAUUGUGCAUUCAUAUAUGCUAAGCCUUAUGUUCUCUAAUAGAAGCCUUUCUUUUCCAUUGUUUCUGGAUAUUUGUAUUAUCCAAAUGUACUUAUUUCUUUGCCUUAGUACACAUUUUGUGGAGUACACGUUAUACUAGGUUUGAUUUGAAACUGGUGCUUGUGGCAGAACUGUCAGAGCAUGAGGAGCGCUCCUCCUGUGGGGGGACGUGUUCACGCACUCACAGGUUGCACCUGCUGCUGGCGGUGCGCGGGGGCUCAGCAGCUUGACCACCGCCCCCCAAGGGGGCUCUCCCCAGCUUAAACUUUGUUGUUCAGAUUUGUUAACUUUUUAUAUUAAUGACUAUUGAAAAUUGUAAUAAAAAUGUAUAUUACAGGCUUCAAUGUUUACAUGAAUGUUACCCAAAAAGCUGUGUUUUCUUUGGUCAGAGGUCAUGAUUUAUGAAAAACAAGAUGCUGUGUGAAUGGAAAUCAUUUUGCGGUUGAGUGAAACUUCAUUAUAAUUCACAGUGUAAAUUUAAUCCGAACUGAAAUUUUGUUUCAACUGAAUUUAUAAUGAACUCUGAAUUUGUUCAUAAUCAUUAGUAUUUCAAUUGGGUAUCUUUUUAAGUAAAAACAACAAAUAAACUCUGUGCAUGUAAAACGCGAGAAA